AUGGCGUCUUAUUCUCAACCUCCCAAGCCUCUCCCUCUGAAGAUCUCUUCGCCAAAUGGCGGAGACCGGCCCAAUUAUGUCAUUUUCAUGCCAGACCAGUUGAGAUAUGAUUCCCUUGGCUGCACUACAGAUGGCAACGCUGGGAUCAACACUCCGAACAUCGACGCUUUCCGUCGUCGCGGUACCUUAUACACCAACUGCUUCACUCAGGCUUCAGUCUGUUCACAGUCAAGAUGUAGCAUGUUCACCGGCUGCUACCCCCAUGUUAGCGGCCAUCGCAGUCUCCAAAACCUCAUUAAGCCGUGGGAACCCAAUAUCUUCCGAAGUAUGAAAGAGAAUGGUUAUCACAUUGCCUGCCUAGCACCUAGGGGCGACACAUUUGCUCCAACUGUCACGGAACUAAGCGCGACCGAAUACGGGUUUCUCGAAACGCCCGAGUUUACGCCCAAAUUCGCAAGGGGGAGUGGUGGCGAGGAUAUUGACAAGGAGAAUAUCUGGAACAGACUCUUUUAUAAGGGGUUGAGAAACGCAAAUCAGGCGCUGGACUACGAUGAGGCCGUAGUGCGGUCGGCUUUGAAGUGGCUCGAGUGUCCCCCGGAUGAUAAGCCAUGGGUGCUAUUCAUGCCUCUUCUCUUCCCCCACUGUCCCUUCCAGGUGGAAGAACCCUAUUUUUCAAUGUACGACCGGGAUAAAAUGGCCAGUGUCGUUUCCAAACCAGAAAAGAAGACGGGCUAUGAGCCGCGAUAUAUGAAGGCCAUCCGGGAACGAUACGGAACGGGGCGUGCAACAGAGGAGAUUUGGAGGGAAGUAAAAGCCACAUACUUUGGAAUGAUUACUCGCUUAGAUGAUCAAUUUGGACGUAUAUUGAAUAAGGUAGACGAGCUUGGGCUAUGGAAGGAUACGGUAACCAUGUUCUUUACCGACCACGGCGAGUACCUCGGAGACCACGGCUUGAUUGAAAAGUGGCCAUCAGGUCUAUCAGAGACACUCGUGAGAGAGCCCUUGAUCAUCGCAGGUGCUGGAAUUCCCGAGAACAAGACCAUUAACUCCAUGACCGAGAUGGUCGAUUUAGUACCCACGAUGCUCGAAAUGUCAGGCAUCGGUGAACACUUUCCUCAUAACGGUAAAUCAUGGGUUCCAAUUCUUGUCGGUGAUGCUACAAAGCAUAAAGAGUACGCCUUUUCAGAAGGUGGAUUUUUGACGUCUGAGGAGCCCUUACUGGAGCAGGGACCUUACCCAUAUGAUAUCAAGGCGAGCCUUCAGCACGAGGACACCAUCAUCGUCGGCAAAGCCAUCUCACUAAGGGACGAGAAGUAUACCUAUAUCUAUCGCCUGUACGAACCUGCGGAGCUGUACGAUCGCGUGUCUGAUUCACAUGAGAUGCAUAAUCUGGCUGCCGAUCCCGCAUACUGUGAAUUAAUAGCCAAGUACGAGAGACUCGUCCUCCGCUGGCUGGUAGAUGGUAGCGACUUUUUACCGUGGCAGAAAGACAAUCGGUUUCCAGAAGUGAAUCUGAAGAGUCCGAAGGAACAGAUGGAAGAGCGUCUCCGGAAGCGCGGUCGAGCUUAG